GGUUAUCGAUAAAAUUGCAUUGUUUGGUGCAAAUGGGAAGAAUACAAAAAAUAAUCUCUAAAUAAGAAAUUGAAAUAAAACAAACAUUUUGCGACACCUGAAGCACAAAAUAAUGUUUGGCGCCACGCAAUCCAACAACCGGAUGAACGACUUCGAGGUGGCCUCGCCCCCGGACGACUCCGUUUCGGCGUUGGAAUUCAGCCCGAGCACGCUGCAGAAGAACUUCCUCAUUGCCGGCAGCUGGGACAACAGCGUCCGCUGCUGGGAGGUGGAGCAGAAUGGCGCCACCGUGCCCAAGUCGAUGAAGACGAUGGGCGGGCCGGUGCUGGACGUGUGCUGGUCAGACGACGGCAGCAAGGUGUUCGUGGCCUCCUGCGACAAGCAGGUCAAGCUCUGGGACCUGGCCUCCGACCAAGUCAUGCAGGUGGCGGCCCACGACGGCCCAGUGAGGACGUGCCACAUGGUCAAGGGUACCAACUACACAUGCCUGAUGACCGGCUCCUGGGACAAGACCUUAAAGUUCUGGGACACGCGGUCGCCCAACCCCAUGAUGGCCAUCAACCUGCCCGAGCGCUGCUACUGCGCCGACGUGGACUACCCCAUGGCCGUGGUGGGCACCGCCAACCGAGGCCUCAUUAUAUACUCGCUGCAGAACAGCCCCACGGAGUACAAGCGGCAGGAGAGCCCGCUCAAGUACCAGCAUCGCACCAUAUCAAUCUUCAAGGACAAGAAGAAGGAGCCCACCGGCUACGCCCUGGGCAGCAUCGAGGGCCGCGUGGCCAUUCAGUACGUGAACCCGGCGAAUCCCAAAGACAACUUCACGUUCAAGUGCCACCGGACCACGGGCACCACGGGUUUCCAGGACAUUUACGCCGUCAACGACAUUGCAUUCCAUCCGGUUCACGGCACUCUGGUGACCGUGGGCUCCGACGGAACCUUCAGCUUCUGGGACAAGGAUGCCCGCACCAAGUUGAAGUCAAGCGAGGCCAUGGAUCAGUCUAUCACAAAGUGCGGCUUCAACGCGAACGGCCAGAUCUUUGCCUACGCCGUGGGUUACGACUGGUCCAAGGGCCACGAGUACUUUAACCCGGCCAAGAAACCCCAGAUCUUCCUGCGCUCCUGCUACGACGAGCUGAAGCCCCGCAUUAACUGAUCGGAAGACUUUUUUAGUUUUAGUGAAAUCCCAUAUAUGUACUGCGAAUGAACGGGUUCGACAAAGUUUAA